AUGCAAUCCCUUCUUCUAGAUAGGCAGCUGGGUAAAGUAUCAUGCAAAAACUUUGAAAGGACGUCGACUGAGGCUCUUUAUUACAACUUGGAAGCUCAGGAAUAUCCCAAGUUCUCAACCAAGAAGAAAACUGUUGGAUCAAUUAAUGCUCUAGACUUCGAUAAAAUCAAUCACAGAUUUUUGCUUUCUGGUGGUGCUGAUUCAUCAAUAAAGAUUUUCAAAGUGGGUCAAGUGAAGGCUGAUAUUAUCGGUGAUUUGAACAAAAGUAAUGGGGGUCAUGAAUAUGGUGUUACUGAUGUGAAAUGGUGGCCUUUCGAUAUGGGUAUGUUCUUAUCUAGCUCCUACGAUUCUGAACUAAAAGUAUGGGACACAAAUACCAUGGAUGAAGCUUUCAGCUUUAAUUUGAACUCAAAAGUACAUUGUUUUGAUAUUUCAGAAACUGGUGAUCAUUCAUUAAUUGCUAGUGGUGCUGAUAGUUCCCAUGUUAGAAUAUUGGACUUGAAGACUACAUCGGCUGUUCACAGUUUAACGGGUCAUAAUGGGGGUAUUACAAGUGUAAAGUGGUCGCCAAAUAAUCCUAAUGAAUUGGCAACUGGAAGUUCAGAAGGUGAAGUUAGAAUUUGGGAUAUACGCCGGACAGAUUCUUGUCUUGUACAAUUGGAUCUUUAUAGAACUGAUGAAUCUGCUCCUAUUAGCUCAAAUGAUAGUAAAAAAGUUGGGGUUUUAAAAUCAUCGGUUAAGGCUCAUGCUAGAGCUGUCAAUGGACUCAGUUGGUUUCCUAGUGGUAAAUCACUAAUUACAACGGGUAAUGAUGAAAAGAUUAGAGUUUGGGACUUGGAACCUAUAGGUGCAGUAAAUACAUUAUUAAACUUUGGACCUUUUGUAAGAAAUAAAUUUCCAAGCUACAAAACUAUUUUAUUGAGUCCAAUUAGUGAAACUGAGUUACAAUAUUUAUGGUAUCCUUCAGAUAAUGGAGAAAUUUUGGUUUUCAGGAUAAUUGAUGGUAAAUUGGUUGCAAGGUUGAGAAAAAAUUUGCAAGAGAAUAGUAGAAGUUGUUGCUUAACAUAUUCAGGAAAUAACAGUGCUACUUAUUUUUCUGGUACCGUUGAUGGUAAAAUAAAUAUUUGGGGUCCAAAAGAUGAGAGAAUAAUUGAAGAGGAUGAAGAUGAUUUCUUUUAA